AUGUUAUUUCUCAAUAAAAGCGACAAGCCCCAAGAUAACAGAAGCAACAACAAUUUCUGGGUGCUGCAGAUUGAUUUUACUUGUGCACAUAAUAUAUACACAAAUACGAGUGAACACAUAAAGUGGCGAAAAAUCGUACAGGGCAGUCGAGGCAAAAAUCACGUAUGCGUAAAGAGCAGCACAAGCGAUAAACACAACGAAAGAUGUGAUGGAAAGAGACAAGCAGAUGAACACACAAUACCAGCAAAACGGGCAACAGCGGCCAACUUCAUGGCGUACAAACAUGUAACAGCAAGAAUAGGGAAUAAAACGUUUGACGAAAACAUAACAGUGUACAGGAGUGUACAACGAAAUUCGGAAAAAGCUGAGAAUAAUGGCAAAAAACUAAGCGACAGUGGAGCGGUUUUAACAUCCUGAAAAUAUGUUUAAUUGCAAUAUGGCGACAAGUUUUAAUUUCUUUUGUGUGAAAUAGUGCAUAACAUUAUUAUUUCAUUUAAAAAUACUCUGUUAAUUCAAUUUAUUUAAGGGUUACUGCGCAUGUCAAAACAAUAAACCCCACAUGUAGUGGUUGCAGAUACAUACAUAAGAAUAUUAUUUCAUAGACGUAUUCA